AUGUCAGGACCAGAAAGAAAUAAAUACUCAACCUCAAUCUUGGUAAACCAAAGUCCUAUUGACGCUACUGAGAUUGUGAGAGUCAGAUUGAGUCAGGCCAAGUUGCUAAAUGAUGAGUUCUCGAAGUUUUUCAAGAAUUAUCAUACUAUUAAGACCAACUACCUCAAUCAAUUGAACAAGUUGAUUAAAGAUUCUCAAGAUUUGAACAAAAAUAUUGAACAUGGUAUCAUUGAAAAUCAAGUUUUAAGUCGUGAAGAACUAAAAUACUAUAAUGUUGAUGCUAUUGGACAUUUAUCCCAGGUUUGGAACGAGGUCAUCACUGAAAUUAAAGAUGAAGUUGCAAGCAAUUAUAGAUUGGGUCAAGUUGUUGAUCGUGAUGUUAUUAAUCCAUUGAGCCAUUACACUACUAACGACAAGAGAUGGAGUGAAGUGAGACAUUUGCAUUCGAAGUUGAGUGAAGUUGCACAAACCAUUGAGUUUAAUCAAGAAAAAGUUGAAAAAUAUCAAGGUGGAAGAAGCUCUGAUAAAUUGGAAAAAUACCAAACCAGUUUACAAACUGCUAAUCAAACUUGGGCUUCAGAAGCACCAUAUGUUUUUGAAGUGUUUGAAUACACUGAUUUCGAUAGAUUAUCAUUUUUGAGAGAUAGUUUAUUGAGAUUUCAAACUGCUUAUUCUGAUUCUUUGAAUAAAAUUUCACAAAGUAACGAAAAGGCAUUAGAAACAAUUUUGAAUUUCAAUCCAGAAACUGAAAUUGAAAGAUUUGCUAAAGUGUCCAGUGAAACUAGUUAUGUUCCAAAAGAAGCUAGAAAAGCUGCUGAAUCGCCAACUGUUCCAAAGCAUCAUUCAGGAGCCCCAAUUGGAGGAACUACUGUACCAAGUGGUAAUCGUCAAGCUUCGGUCUCCACCACUGCUACUAGUCAAACUCAUAAAGCAAAAGCUGGUUUAGAAUCACCAACUUCAACCACUAAACAACCAAAAUCAAAAUUAAAAUCUAGAGUGGGGUCAAUUUUUGGUAGAAAAAAUAAAAAGAACAAACAUGUUGAUGUUGCUGAAGCAGUUCCAGAAUCUGAAACUUCAUCAAUUCAUAGUCCUUCAAAAACUACAAAUAGAUUGAGUAGAGCUUCAUCACUAGCUUCACGUUUAAGAACUCAACAAAGUGGAAGCAAUUUGAAUUCACACAAUCAUCCUGAAGUAAACAAUCAUGAAGCUGGUGUUAUAACUGGUGCUGUUGGUGCAGAUGCUGCUGCUGUUGGUGCCGGUGCUGCUGCCAUGAGUUCUGGAAAUAUUCCUAGACCAAUUUCAAAAGAAUCUGGUUCAUUCCAACAACAAAAACCAGCCCUUGGUGCUCAAUCAAGUUCAUCUCAAAAUAUUCCAUUAUCAUUGAAUCAACCACCAUUGAAACCAACAUCCAGAACUUCAUCAUCUGCUCAUUUGAAUGGUGAUGUUGCAGAAACUGGUUAUCCUCCAAAACCUGCUGAUUCACCUCAAGCUGGCUCAUUUGACCAAAGAUCUUUAGAUCCUUCAUAUUCUGAUUCAAACAGUGCUAUCAAUAUGCAUCAACCUCAACAACAACAAAUUCAUGCUGGUGAAGCUCAUGAUCCACAUCGUGCGCCACCACCUCCACCAUCAAGAAAGACUAAUCAAUUCGGUUCUCAAAAUCUAACAAAUAUUCGUGAAGAUGGUGACACAUCAUUUGAAUCCACUUCUAGGGGACAAUAUGAUCAUCAGUUACAACAACCUCCUGCCGUUGCUAGACGUGAUAUUCAAUCUGGAUUAUUUACCAAUUUGAACCAAGCAGAUCUUGAAAACCAUCAAAAUAAAAGAAUUUCAAGUUUCAACAGCUUUGGUGGUGAUUCUAUCAGACAGCUGAAUCCACAAUUGACAGGUUCUUCGUUAGCUUUGAAUCAUCCAGGUUUAUUCCAACAUGCUGCUUUAACACAACCCGGGUUGAAUGCUAGUAUUGCAGAAGUUAUCAAUGCUAAAUUUAAAGAUGGUGAACAAGUUCAAUCUCAACUAGUUGGUGAAAUUGCAUUCAAUUAUUUAAGUGAUGGGUUUGAUAUUCCAACAAGAUCGAAUUUGAAAAUUCAUGGAGUUGAUAAAUUUGAUAAAAUUAUUCCAAAUAAUCAAUUUUUAAAACAGAUUGAUGUUAAUGAGUUUGAAAUCACACCAAAUUCAAUUUUAUCACGUACUUUAGGUGGAUUAAAAUAUUUGAUUAAAAACAUUAAAGCACCAAUUGUGGUUCAUCCAGUUUGGAGAUUUGAAGCACAUCAAGCAAGUGUUAUGUUGACAAUUAAAUUAGCACCACAUAUUGCAGAACAAUUACAAGGGGAUGAAUUUGUGGAAGUUAAUGAAUUGAGUGUCUCCGUUGCAGUUAGUGGAAGUUUAACAACUGGUGCAUUAUCAAAGCCUCAAGGUACUUUUAAUAAAGAGAAGUCAAGAAUUAGUUGGAAAUUUAAAGAUCCAAUCAAAUUAAGUAAAAUUAAUGAAGAGAAAUUAGUUGCAAGAUUCUUAACAAAUUCUGAAGCAAGAGAAUCCGAGCAAGGUGUUGUUUUAAAAUUUGCUAUUAAUGGUCAAGAUGGUGGUAAACUAAUAACUAGUGAUAUUGAAUUGGAAAGUCAAAAUUUUACAGAAGAUGAUCCAUUUGCUCAAGAAACUUGGAGUCCAGUUCCAAGUGCAAAGACAUUAGUUGCUGGUAGUUAUUCAGCAUUGGCCUAA